CGGCUCCGAAACAAAACAUAACGCGACAGGCAGGACACACGAUCGAUGAAGAGCGUUUUGCUGAUCACACUUACCAUUUUCACAUGGUAAAAAAAUUACAUAGACUUACAUUGAAGGAGAGACUCCAGACGGAUCUAGAGAGCAGAAUAUCACAAAGACUCCAAGGUGCAGGAUUCUUUUGACUUGGACCACUCGACUCUGUUUGCCUCUGAAAGGAAAGAUGUGGACGUCUGGAAUCUGUCUGAUUCUUUUACUCAACGCUGGAUGUGUCGCUGCACAAGCAGACGGCCAUUUGUGUUUCAUUCUGGAUGGCGUUCUGGUCCUGUACUGCGUCGUGUUGACCAUCCUGUUCUGCAGAUUAAAAAUGCAGCAGAAUAAAGACAAAAACAGCUGGUCCACAGAGAAACAAGGAGGAGGAAUCUACGAGGGUUUACAGCGUCCACAUCAAGACACCUACGACACGCUUCACGUUGCAAAGAAGUGACCUUUGACCUGAUCAUCUCUCAAACUGCAUAUACAGCUCAAAGAUAACAGUAUGCAUGUUGCUUUCAAGGCUUUUCAAUAUAAUCUUGUUUUAUAGUAAAUACACAAACAAGCAGAGCAUUGUAAACAAACGCUUCUGUUCUAGUAGCUGUUAGCAUAUUUCUAUUAAACAUAUUCCCAAGUUGUGUCACAGAUAGUCAAUGUAUAGAAUACGUGUGUAGCUAAACCUUUUACUCAUAAUAAAUAACUUAUAAUAAUUGUAAAUAAUAAAGUUACUUAACACAGA